CGCCGUCUGAAGCGUAUAGGCAGAAACGUGUUCAGGUGGCGAGAUCGUCGGAGGGAUGGCGACUCGGGGGGCGACUUCGGGGCUGACUCCGGGGAUCGCCGCUGCUAACUCCGCCGGCCGGUUUUGGGCGCUGGCCGAGGCUGGCACCGGCGACUCUGACGACGACGAUGGCGAUUCGGAUGGCGGGCCUGAGGGCACGUCGUCCCCCACCCCAUCUGAUGCGAUUUGCAAGCCCUGCGGGUGGGAUAUCCUGAGGAAGAGGUGGCUCUGCUGGUGGACAUGGCGAUUCCGUCCGACGAUCCGGCGAGGAGUGGCUUGCGGGCAGAGGACAAGAUCGAAAUCGUUAGACGCGUGGUUCAUCGACGGACGGCGGCUAUAUCGCCGUGGAAGGGGCCCUAAGGUUAUCUUCAGAACCACUGCAUUGAUCCGUAUGUGGUCGCUACUCACUCGAUGGAGGCCAGGGAGUGUUUGGUUACUGGGUCUACCCGAUGAGAGAUGGCAGCACGGAAUAUUUUCAAUCGGUUUGGAUGACGGUCAUCUAAUAGGAUAGGCAUGUAGUGCUCCUACCUUUUGCCAGCCGGU